AUGAGAGGUGGGGAGAUGAAGGGAGGGGAGGGCAGGAGAGGAGAGACAGGAGAGGAGAGGUGGGAAGAAGAGGGGAAGAGAAAAGGGGAGAGGAGGGGAGAGGUAGGGAGAGGAGAUGAGAGGUGGGGAAAGGUAGGGAGAGGAGAUGAGGAGUGGGGAAAGGAGGGAAGAGUAGAGGAGGGGAAGAGAGGAGGGAAGAGGUGGGGAGAGGAGUGGAGAGAUAGGGAGAGGUGGAAAGAGGAGAAGAGAGCAGAGGAGGGGAGGAGGGGAGGGGAUGGGAGGAGAAAAAAGGAGGGGAGGGGAGGAUAG